AUGAAGGUAUUGGGUUUAUGUAACGGAUUGUCAAGCUGGACCCAGUACCAGUUGUCAACCUUGACCAACUUGCCAGUUGAUUUCAAACUAACGCCUCUGAUAUUUCUUUUAGACCUGUUCGUAGAAUUUUCUCUUAACCGGAAAUGGCUGACUAGACGUGAUUGUGCCUUAUUAGGAAUGCUGGAUACGAUGAAAACCUCAACUCGCGAUUGUUUGUUACCAAGAGAUGAUACUUUGCUCUCUUUAUACAUGAUAUCACUAGCAAUUUGUCACUCAAAUGAGAGACUAUUCCUCAGGGAUUUUGUUGUUUGCUCGGCUGGAACGAGCGGUGGCAGGCUUGCACGGUGGCUCCAGCCUGACAGUUUUGUGGAUCCAUCGAAAUGUGAAGCGAUUUAUGCCAAGGAAGAUAUGAAAUGUGGUUGGCCUGCAAUUAUUGAAGUGAAAGCCGUUCCAAUAGAUAAAAAAGACAUAACUGAUGCGGACCAGGGGAGAAAAAUUCGUCGUAUUUCUCAACCUGACCCCAUGACAUUCGGAGGGCACCCACAGCCCUCAUUAGAUAUCCCCUACGAAGUAACUGUUAAUAAUAAAAUGUGUUUUUACGCGAUAACAAUAAUGAAGGCCUACCAAAAUUACUCGUUCGAAGAGCUGAGGUUUAUGUCACCCGCGGUUAAACGCUCGAGCGAGAGCAUGCUAGUCAGACCUAAUGGUGAUGGCAGUUACAGCGCAACCUGGACACCUUCCUCGGUUGGCUGGUACUCGCUUAUGAUCACCAUUGAUGGAUAUAAUAUGGAAAAUAGUUAUAAAGUAGAAAUAAAAGAACCACCUCAGGGAAUGCAUCCACCCUCACAGAGUAUUGUUAAGAAACCUCAACAUCAACCAAGUAGACUUAGAAAAUUUGUUAUGAAAAAUAGCGCAGGAUUGAGAAUAAGAGCACAUCCGUCCUUGCAAAGCGAACAAAUUGGGAUUAUAUCUAUCAACGAUACUAUUACAUUUAUAGAAGAGAUUCACAAUGACGAUGGAGUGUGGUUGCGUUUAAAUUCAGAGACGAUAAAAAACUACUGUAGCAAAGGAUACACAGAAGCCUGGUGUCUUGGUUACAAUCAGCAUUUAGGAAAAAGUUUUUUAGUACCAAUAGACGAGCCAAAAUCAAUUCUCGACCAAGUUCGUAAAGAAGUGUCUUUACGAAAGCGUUUAGAGUCUUCAGAAGACAAAAGGAAGAAUAUUGGAAUAAGCGAUUGGGGCUGGACGGCAAUAAACGGAGAAAGGACAAUGGUUGUUACAAAAGCCGGUGCUUCUGGACACAAUAUAAGAAGUAGGCCAAGUUUAAAAGCUGCUCCUGUUGGUAUGUUAGCUCUUGGAGACUCGGUUAAUAUUGAGGAAUAUUGGGUGAACGGUGAUGGAACGUGGAUUCGCAUUGACGAAGACUCAGCCUCAAAGUUCUGCUUCAAUCCCGGCGAGGCUUGGUCGCUGGCUAUUGACAAGCACGGAACAACACACAUGAAAGCUAAACACGACAGUGAAAAUGAGCCACCGGAAAAACGUACUCCAAUUACUGUUGAAAGUACGACAAAAUCACCGGUAAACAAAGGGUUUGAUUUUUCAAUUCCUUCUGGCAGUCACGACGGAUUCGCAUUCUCGACGCCCAAUUUUUCAGCCACUAUCGCUGGCAACAGCGAUCCCGGGGAAGCUAUUAAUCCAUUUGUCUUUAAAUCUCGGAGCCAAAGCUCGCCAGGGAGCGAUAAAUAUAAUUUAGAGAAAAACGACGUUUCUCCGAAAUACAGCAAAGUACAUUCGAAAGAGCGCGUUGCUAAAGAUAGGGAACGCGAGGGCAGCGGUAAGUUUAGUGCAUUGCAGAAAUGGCUCAGGGGUGACGAUAAAGGGGACAGGAGAAGUUCUGGAAGAGAUUUUUCUGAAUUUGUCGGCGUAUCGGUAAAAGAAUUGGUAAAAGCAAUGGGCGAAAGUCGCGCUAAUGGUAACGGUGCAACCCCGCCAGAAACCCCGCGAAGGUUAUCAAGAAGUUCAUCGCCUAAAAACCCUCAAGGUGGGUCUCCGAGAUUGCACAGCAGGUCUUCUAGUCCAGUUGCGAUACCUGCUGGACCCAGUCGUCAGCCUGCUGGUUCUGGCAAUUGUCUCAUUCCUCCUGUCGCUAAUGCUCCAGGUACUUUCAAAAUCAUUGAUGAUCAUUUUUACACGUUAAUUAGGAUUACGAUGAUCCAAUUAACCGUGAGAGAUAUUUUGUCUUGGGAUAAUAACUUAGGUGGGAGAAGUUUGAUUGAAGCGGGAGGGAGUGCUGGUAGCAGCCCCUUGCACUACGGCUCCCCCCGAAGUGUCGGGCUCUCCCCUUUAGUAUCGUGUAACAUGUAG